GGCUGAGACGUGGACACAAGCAGCAGUCUGUGAGAGUGUGUGUGAGAGCGUGUGUGCGCGAAGCCAUAGCGGAGAGAGAGGGUCUGCCGGAUCCCUUACUGAAACUCUACCUUUCCCAUAAACACACAAUCCCACUCACCGGUCCUCCCCACCAGGGUCCGAGAACGCAUCCCUGAGGAGUACACCUUUACCCCCACGACCGGUGAAACGCCCCCCACAUGGAGCCAUGUGAACCCCCGUCUCCUGCUUCACUUGGGAUCUGAUUUCGGAUUGCCUCCUUGGGGAGAAGCUCCAGGCGCUGGAUCUUUUGAAGUAAGGAGGGACUCCGAAGAUCUCCGCUAUCCCAGAGGGAAGCACUUUGCUCUGGGCACUGUGGGCUGCAAGCCCCACUGGGCUGGAGGCCAGCGCUCCAGCACCAUGGAUUACCUAGUUGGGAUUUUUCUGCUGUUGUGUGGGGUGGCAUUACCUGGAAGAGUUGCACCCCAGCACACCAAAGAGAGCGUGCCCAGACUCAAGCUCUCCUACAAGGAAAUGCUGGAAUCCAGUAAUCUAGUGACUUUCACUGGCUUGGCAAACAGUUCAGGUUACGACACGUUCCUGAUGGAUGAGGAGAGAGGAAGAUUACUUGUUGGAGCGGAGGAUCACGUCUUCUCUUUUGACCUGGUCAACAUCAACAGAGACGUCAAACAGAUCGCCUGGCCCGCCACACCUUCCAAACGCGAUGAAUGCAAGUGGGCUGGAAAAGACCUUGGGAAAGAAUGCUCAAACUUUGUGCGUGUGCUGCAGCCGUAUAACCAGACACAUAUUUACAUAUGUGGCACCGGAGCUUUCCAUCCUAUCUGUUCUUACCUGGAGAUAGGCAAGCGAGCAGAGGACAACAUCUUCAGACUAGAUGCCAACUACUUUGAGAACGGACGUGGGAAAAGUCCCUAUGAUCCAAAGAUGCAGUCCUCAUCCCUCCUGAUUGAUGGCGAACUGUAUUCUGGAACAUCAGCAGACUUCAUGGGACGAGACUUUGCCAUUUUCCGAACACUUGGGUCACAUCAUCCAAUCAGAACUGAGCAGCAUGAUUCUAGAUGGCUGAAUGAGCCCAGGUUUCUAGGAAUACACCUGAUCCCAGAGAGCGAUAAUCCUGAAGAUGACAAGAUCUUCCUGUUCUUCAAAGAGAACGCCAUGGAUGGCGAACAUACAGGCAAAGCUACUAUCUCCAGGAUAGGACAACUGUGUAAGAAUGACAUGGGUGGACAUAGGAGUCUCGUGAACAAAUGGACAACCUUUUUGAAAGCCAAGCUGACUUGCUCAGUUCCCGGCCUCAGUGGAAUAGACACACAUUUUGAUGAACUGCAGGAUGUGUUUCUGAUGAGUGCUAAAGACCCAAAGAAUCCAGUGAUCUAUGCUGUGUUUACUACAUCCAGUGAUUUUGUGAUGUGUGAUAUGUUUGGCCCUUUAGAAGCUUUGCAGUGCAGUAAUCUGGUUAGACUCAGACAGGUGCUUCGCAUCGCUGCACUCUGGAUGGGAAUUUCCUCCUUAUCCUGGUCUCUGCCCUCUCUUACCUGUUUCCCCAUUCAACUUCGGCUCAGCACAGCUCAGAGGAAAUAUGAUUAA